CGGCGCUCGGAGGCGAGACAGUCCCCACAACGACCUGCGGGCUGGGAAGGAUCGACGUCGCCAGAGACAGAGAAUCACCCAGGGGAUGGCCGGAGCCGCCGGGUGUUCCUCGGAGCGGCAGGAGCCCUGACGCCAGCGGAUGUGGGGUUGUUGGUAGAUGAGUCUAUAAGCUGCGAUCAGGCUGGUGGAUCAGUCGUGAAGAUUCCAACGCUGUAAAGAAAACAGAAGACAGAAUGAACGCUCAAUAAAAAUUUGCCUCCUUUCAGGACCGAGUAUCGUUGAGAACCUUCUCCAACAGUAUGUCAUUACCAAAAAUAGAAAUCGAGGACACGGAGGAUAAAGCUGAUAGUAACUCCGUUCUUCAGGCUGAUGACCACCUGAGGAGCCUGAAGGCCUUGACAGAGAAGUUAAGAUUGGAAACGCGGAGACCUUCCUACUUGGAAUGGAGAGCCAAGCUUGAAGACCAACCAUGGAAGAACCCAAAGCCUCCAGAGGAGGAAACGGCAACGGAAGAAUUAAAAACUAGCGAGGAGACGUGUUCUACAUCCAAGAUGGAAGACGUCGAGGAAAGCGAAGGCGUUCCAGAGGAGAAGACCUUUACUCCAGGGAAAAUGCAUGGAUUCGAUAACAUUGACGAGGCGCUAAACUGGCUCAGGAAGGAACUGACAGAAAUGCGCCUCCAGGACCAGCAGCUGGCCAGGCAACUGAUGAGGCUACGCAGCGACAUAAAUAAACUGAAGAUUGAGCAGACGUGCCACCUUCACCGCCGCAUGCUGAACGACGCCACCUUCGAGCUGGAGGAGAGGGACGAGCUCUCCGACCUGCUCUGUGACUUCCCUCUCAUGUCCUCGUUCGGCCUGUCCACCCCGCUGAAACUGAUCGGGGUCACCAAAAUGAACAUCAACACCAGGCGCUUCUCCCUGUGUUAGGAUGCUGAGAAGGAACUCAACGGAAACAAUGUUUCAAAGUCAAACUUCAACGUUCUAUUCGGCUGCCUUAUGUUGAUACCAGCUAUUCACUGUGACCCAUGCAAGCGACGGGGCAUCCAAAGUGUAGCAACGCAUGCAAUUACCCCACACCUACCCUCCUAAAGUAUAACCUGGACAACCCAUGCCUCAUUCCUUACCCAUGCACAAUAAUUGUGUGUAUUUCUACAGAUAGCCCUACACUAAAUAGACAAAGGGUAAAGUACAUGAAUAUAUGAUGGAACAUAACACAACAUUAACACAAUAUAUCAACAAUUGGCACCACAGCUGAUAUAUAAUCCUUUAUUUAAAUGACCCAAAAAGAUCUGGUUUAGGAAAAGGCUCCCUUCUACCAGUAACUGGUUGAGCCACAAACCUUUUUGGUGCAAAAUAGUAAAAGCGGGGGCGUUGGCCGGAAUGCAUCAUCGGUUUCUAUGGUGAUUAUUCCACUUUUACCAGUUUGGAUCAUACUUGCUUUUUAUGCAAAACCCCUACUUUGUCUCCCACCCCAGCCAAUGCCAAGCUUGGGUGUCCUUCAGAGGCCGAUACCCCUCUACACGUCCUCUCCUAAGCAUCAUUAAAGAAAGGGAGUGAGGUCACAAUGUAACAAACAAAAAACGGUGAGGUUUUACGCUAUUAAAGACCUUUUUGUGGUCUAAAUUUCCACAACGUUUUGGUUCUCAACAACUAUUGAGUGAGGGGAACGUAGAUCCAACACGACCAGAUAUACCAGAUGAUCCGAGUGGGGCAAACACCACCUUGGACCUUUCCAGCAUGAAACCCUGAGCUUUACUGAACAUCGAGUAGACCUUGCUGAUUGUAUUUUUUUAUUUUAUUGUAAAUGUUUAUAAUGUAAUGUAAUACUUUUCAUUUUAGUGAAGUGCCUCAAAUGUAUCAUGUUUAGUAAAUCAAACCCAUUACACGUUGAGAAGAUGAUGAAAAA